GCUCAUCCGGCUUGCUCGUCGGCUGGCGUUAGUUCUCGUUUGAAGCGUAUUUUCAUAGCGCAUUUUUGUUUGCGAAAGCGUUUCGUGCUCUUGUUAAGGAGCCCACAUAUACAUGCGUAGGUUUCGUCGGUUUCGUUCGCCAAAUGUACGCUGUAAUUGCAGCGAUCGUAGGAAAAGGAGCAGCGGUGCGGUUGCUUUGAGCCGGACCCGAUGAAUUUCGCUGCCAAUGCGAUUCAAUGCCAAGGAAAUCGCCGCCGUCGCAUCACAGCCGUCGUACAAAUUCGAAAAGGAGGGCGUGCUCUUCAUCAAGGAGAGGCAGGAAGGACUCUUCCGGCGAAACGAUGUGUUCACGGAACGAUGGUGCCGGCUAAGAGGCAACCUUUUUUUCUACUACAAGACGAAAGAUCCGUGUUCCGAACCAGUUGGAGUGAUUGUUCUCGAGCGACAUUCUGUGAAGGAUGGCCCCAUUUCUGGAGGCCUCUAUUGUUUCACAAUUGCCUUUGAAGGGGAUGAGCUGGCCAUACACAUGGCAGCCCAAGGUUCCUCGGAGCGCGAGGCAUGGACGAGCGUGUUGCGGGACUCCAGUUAUGAGCGUGUGCGGGAGGAAGUGCAAAUUCUUCGUGCCCGUCUCCUGUCACGUCAGCGAGAGUCCGACCCUGGUCUGUACAGCGGGUCAUCUUGCAAGCGCUCUCAGGAUGAGGACGCCUCCUCUUCGAACAAGAAAGACCCACUUCAAAAUGAACCAUUCCUUGAACUCGGGCUUGCAUGUGACAACUUGCGCUGUGAUGCUGAUGGCCAGGCUCCCAACCCACUUGUUGUCGUUCUCACUGGAAGGCCUCGGCAUGGACUGUGGAGCAAGUUUGCUCAGACCGAAGUUGUUGAAAAGAGCAGCAACCCAUGUUUCCUGACCACUGUGGGAUUCCUAAAAAAGCAAGCGUGCGCUACCACCGAGGUCAAGCUCUGUGUUUACGAUGUCCGGGAACGAGUUACCUCCACUAAAACUUUGCUAGGCGAAGCCACAUUUGCCCUUGGCACACUAGUCCAAAUGCCUGGCUGCUUCCUCCGUCUUGCCCUCAUAUCACCGUCCUAUGAAAAUGUGGGUUUUGUGACUGUGACUGCCAGGGAACUUGAACCAGAGCUUACCAUGGCAAGCAAAAAGGAUGCACAGGACCUUUUCUGGCCUACGGCGGAUCGGCGUCGCACAUACUCGUUGCCAGCGUGCAUGCCACGUCGUGCCUGUACACCUCUGCACGCCCAGCUCAGGAUUAUUUUUGACGGCCUCAGCUCCAAGACAUAUCGUUUCCACACGGGCUUGGGGGCUGAACUGCGAGUGCAUGAAAUUAUGGCUGAGAGCAAGCUGUCCUUCUCUUUCCCACAGCUGCUCCUAAAUCUAUGGAUAAAUGAAGAAAAACAGCUGAUGGACACUGUCACUCAUCUGAGAGAGCUGAGCCCCGAGUGGCAAGCCAAGCAGCUUUUAGCCAUAGAGCGUCACCUUCUGCGGAUCAACACUUACUCGGAAGCCCUGGAAAACCUUGCCAAGCAGCGGGGUGCCCACUUCAAACCGUCCCGAUCCAAAGGGCUCGUUUCGCUGGAGUUUGCCCCUGUCAACAUGCACCUGCAGAGGCUUUGGGUCCACAACACAACUAGCCACAAAAAAUGUGUUUACGAUGUGGUCACAGUGGGGGCAUUUACUGCUUACGCCCAAAAGUUCCUGCACGGCGGCCUCUACAAACUACUAAAUCAGCUGAAGAAUGCCUACCCCUUGUUGCAGCGGGAGGGCCAACCGUCCAUACUGGGUCCCGACCGGCUAUCGACAGCGGCUCAGGCUGUGCUCAGCAUUGAACAUAUCAGGGAAGACAUUGAAGCCGAUGUCCAGCAAUUGAUGCAGUUGGCUGAUUUAAAGGAUAUUGUGGGCAUGGAGGCUGCAGCCACCAAGAUUAGUGACAAGGCCAAGCAGUUGACAACGCUGUGCAACCCACUGUUGGUCGACGAAGCACUGACUAUUUGGGAAGGAGCUCGUCUUAUCCAGCCAAACAAUGACAUUUCCAGUGCUGGUAAGACGUCUCCGAAGUGUUCUCUCCGGCCUCCACCAGUGGCACGUCUCAAGUCUGCAUCCUUGCCACGAGAGUUUCCGGCACCGCCGGGUGCAUCAUCUGGUUCCCCAUCUGACGAGUCCUCUGGUGACGAGGCGCCCAUUGAUUCACUGUCGGUCAAUGGAAAUGUGUGCAGUGCUCAAGUUCGCCCCAUGCCUCAGCUGCAUAAAUCAGACUCUAUGUACUCAACUGAGGAGUCCCGUUUUUCUGGCCUUUCAGAGGAGUUUGAGCCUCUUGACCUGACUCACCUAAACAUCCGUGCCAGCAUCAUGUGUAUGGUGGGGAGGGUGCAGCAUCUUGCUCAUGCGGAUGAUGAUCAACACGUAGACGAUUCAGAGCUGCUUGACCCCCUGACCCCGUGCAGCACACCGGGUGACAUGUCGCCUUGGCAAGCCGAAUUGGCUCCAAGUGUGCGGAAGCUGCGUCAGUCUAUGGCAUGCCUCCAGAAAGUGGCCCGGUUCACGUACGCAUUGCUGUCCCUCAAGGAGCCACCACCAUCAGCGUCGCUGAGUUACUGUGUUCGUCAGAGACGAGAUAUCUGCUUCUCUCACGCGCUGACGUCUCUUGUGGCCGGCCUCAUGUCCAAACUAUGGUGCCAACAGACAGACCCUCUGUUUGUGCACUGCCUGACCACGUUUGGUGUGCUGGCCCAGUUCACUGGUCUCCUCAGCUGUCAUGGAGAUGAGCUAGCCAUGCUCGAAGACAUGGUUGUGACCAUAGAUGACCUUCGACGUGUUGCCUUUUGGCUCGAACCGGCUACAAAUGUCUGCAGCCCAAAGCCUCGUGUUGAGGGAAGCCGUGUCUUCCUCUCGGUGCUGAUCCCAACACCAGAGACAGUGAUGGCCAGAGUGCCGCACAGGGGCCGCUUUCAGUUUAGCGUCGUCCCUGUAUUUUUCAACGUUGGCAUCAAUGAACAAGCUACACUAGCUGAAAAGGUUGGCGACCAGAGCUUUCAAGAGCGCAUCAAUCUGGAUGGAGCAGCAUCACUCAAGGAGUACCACAAGCAGUUCCAGAAAUUUCCUAUGCCAAAGCAUGAUACGCCAAGGGCUCGGAUGGCGGCUGUGGCUUGGGCCAUCACAGAAGAACGCAGAGCCCGCAGUAAGAAUUUGUGGGUGGGACGCAUACAGCCCCGGGAGGUGCCUCUGAUGGACGUGAUAGAGCAACUUCAAACCCACGUUCGCGCUCGUAAGAGCAAAGAUGUUGAGAUUCUUCAUCUUGCAAUGGAGGCAUGUCGUCGUAUGCGAGGCCUGCGCUUCACGAGCUGCAAGAGCGCCAAGGACCGAACUGGCAUGUGCGUGACGUUGGAACAGGGGCAGAUUCUGCUGCAGGACUUUGGCCUUGAUUCUAAGGAAGUGCCCAGGGCAGUGGCUUGCAUGCGAAGUGAGGGCACGAGACGGCACAACACCUUCAAGAAUGUUGGUGUGCGCAAGUACGCCUUCAACAGCCUGCAGAUGAUGGCACUGCCCAGACAAUACCGCCCACCGCCAGGCACCUUUGGCAACGUCCAGUCCUAGUGGUCCUUCUCCUGUUCAAUCACACUGCAUCCUGCCAGCUUGCCAGCUCUGGAUUUUCGUGGCAUGCUACUAAUGCAUGCGUAGGAACACCCAAGUUCCCCUCAUCUCUUCAGUUUUAUCGUUACGGAUUAUACACGAGUUAUAUGUCGUCCAUUACCAUUUUAGCACUGUUGCACAAUGUCAGCACAGCAUGCACGGUGAAGGUAUGAGAUGGCAUGACACAUGCCCACUCUUUGUCGGGCACUGUACCUACUGAAAUGUUCAAUAUGCAGUCCAAAGAACAUGUUUGCCAUGCAUCCAGGAUGUUACGCAGAAUUUAUAAAUGUCCCUUACUUACCCCAUGGUAUUGACGUGGAAAGCGUAAGGAUUUGCUAAGGCUGGAUUUGGAAGCAUUUCAAUAGAAAGCCUGUAGAUUCAAGAGAGGAAGUGUCGGUGUUGCAAAUUGUGCUGGCACCUUAGUCGUUUGAAAUUUUAUAGUUAACUAGAAUGAGCGCGUCCCAUUUUAAAAGACCUGUAGCAACGGUCAUGGUGCAAUACCUGUGUUUUGUUAGAGUUGCAUAGUUGCAUGCAUAUUUCCUCAUACCCUGUGACCCAUGACUUUUCUACUUCACUUUUUGUAGUGUGGUGGAGUUAUUGUUUUAUGAGAGAUGGUUAGGCAUGUAUCAAAGGUACACUGAGAGGCAAGUAUGAAGUCAACCUGGAGUGAUGAAUUGGUCCUCUGAUAUGUCGAAAAAACGGUAUUCUCAGGCUAUCAUUUUUAGUGAAUACAGUCACUUUUUGUGACUUGGCAGAAAUUGAGUGUUCUAAGAUUGAUUUAGUGUUUACCUUUGGUGUCCCUUUGAAAAAAAUGAUUUUAUAAGUCUCGAAGAAAAAAAAGCACUUUCCUCAGGAUCCAAUAAAGUUCGUUGUCUGUCUGUCUGUCUUAAAGGAAUUGUGUUAUUUCAGAAAUGUGUGAAAAGUGAUGAUGUGUGCAAGCACAGAGGUACCACUGACCUGAAGUGGUUGAUGUAUUCCUGUCUUGGGUGGUGAGACAAGGUUCCUUAAAUCUGUAGUUUGGUAUUUAGGAUGAGCAUUUCUCUCAUGCAGUGGUGGAUCUGUCUGUCAAACAUUUGUUACGAAAAGAUGUGUGCCUGCAGGAGGUUUCUAACCCUGCACUUUUACAAUCUUCAACUAUGGCAUUUGUAAGGUUUUGGAGGCUGGGACACUUUAGGCUUCAGGUUAACUUGUGGCUGAAGUAAGAGAUGUUUGUGAAAUAAGACAAAGCUUUUUUUAUGCUCUUAAUCUGCUGCAGGUAAAAUGCCACAAUCUUUUUAUAAUGUUUGGAUUUCUCUAAGCAUGUGUUGGCAGCUUUAUUGCUGUUUCUUGUAGGCGUAUUGUUUUGGGUAUCAAGAAAAACACUUUCCUUUUAGGAAUGUGCAUGGGACACUUGUAAAAGUGCCCAUGCAUGGCAUAUCCUCACUUUUUCUUUUCUUUAAGAACCAAAGCUCAAUCUAAUAUAUGCCCUCCAAUGUGUUAUGCUUUAUACUUGAAAGUUAUAGGAAAUGGUGCCAAUAAUGUUGUGUGGGCUUUUAUAUGAAGAUAUUGCGAGUGAACCAUAGUUGCCAUAAAGAUGCGUAGCUGUAAUGGCACUGUAAAUCGUGACGUUUUUGUACAUAGAUAGUUGUAUAUCUCUAAUGAAAACAAGCAUUUGCUUUGUUGUCUUGACACACUACUUUUCUUUAGCAUUCUAAUGUACUAGUCCCUCCCAAUGUGAGCACUGUGAUUGUAUGUGUGUGGUUUCAUAUUUUUGUUACACAUUUUAUGAAUUUUAUAUACGUAUAUACAUAAAGGGGGCGUUUUCCUUCAAUCCAAUUUGCCUUUUUUUGCUACGGCAAUGGACUCCAUUUAAGCAGCAAUCAAGGGCUUCGAAAAUAUGCUUUUAAUUUAGCCGCUUUUCAGGUUCACACAAAUUCUAUUCUUUCAAUCUGUGGGCAACUAAGCCAGCCAAAUUCGUUAAUGUGUUCUGCUUAUCAGAUAAUUAAUGCUAAUGGAGUUUCACUCAAACCACCUGUUGUGUUCUGCAAGCCUGUAUUUGCCUGAAACUUUGUGCUAUGUGUAAAGGUCAAGUUGCUGCCAUAAGUAACUGUAUACUUUGUCCCAGUAGUUUCCUUUGGCUUUGGGUGCCUGCCAAUGUGGAUGCCUGCCAGAUUCCAUUUAUUUUCACUAUCUGCUUUUUUUUGUCACCUUUGCACUGUCGUAUUACAGCACCCUGCUAACAGACGUGCGAAUUACAAGGCAAUGAUUAUAGUAUACCUAAAUAUGCUGUAUUUUUUUUUAAAUGAAAAGGCUGUACCACCAACAGGAAUAUACGCACCAUGCAAGCAUGGCCCAUUGGUGGGCAAGGUACUAUGUAUUGCCAUGUUUCUUGACGACAUCAGAAUUUCAGCACUUGAGUUUCUACACUUAAAAAUAUUUGGUUUAUGGCUUGUAAUGAUAAUUCAUUAACUUUUUAGGUACAUUGCAAAAGAUAAUUACAAUGUGUGUUGUUUAAUUCAAGCAUACAUUUUUAACAGGGAUUUAUUUUUUUCAAAUAUUACUUAACCUUACAUCAGGUGUUAGGGAGCAAAAAGCUUUAAUAUACAUUCAAAUGAUGUCUAUGCGCUAUAGAAAAAGAAAUGUUUUUCGAGCAGCUUUGGAGCGGCACAAUAAGUGCUUUGGUGAUAGUAUACUAUGCUCCAUAGAUAGGCGUGCACAGGGGAUGGGGGAGGCGGCCGCCCCCCCCUUAUUCACCUAAGAGGAGGGGGGGGGGGCAAAGUCAGCCCCACACAUUGACAUAAUAGGGAGGGGGGCCGCUGCGACGAACCUUGGCCCCCCCCCUGAAGGGGAACCCUGCGCACGCCUAUGCUAUGCUCCCAUACAUUGGAACACAUCUUUACGUCCUUAUUACAAGUGGCGUCUAUGGCGGUGCUGAAGGGGACUGCUGGGAUAAAGUAAUCUGUGGCUUCUUGUUUAGCAGCUCUGUUGUUCUCUUUUGCCCCGACCACCUCACUUGAAAAAGGUGCACAUUAUUUUGCAAGUGCUCACCUCUGCUGUGUCUCUCGUGCACGGCUUUCAACUCUUGCCAUAAUACUAGCCAGUCUUUGUAAGUGUUGUUGGGGAUGCUUGUUCUGGUUACAUCUUGUCAUUUUGUUUUUAUACCUGCGACAAUGCACAUUGUUGUGCUAGAACACAUGU